CAUGGUACACUGACUCUGUACUGGGUCACAUGAAUCCUCAUGCGUGUCGUUUAUAAAAGCUCGGAAGUCCGCCCUAAAAAGCGUUUCGUUCGGAUUGACACGACCGAUGCGUCUCGCAGAAUCUCUUUGGCGGACUACGUCGAAGCACGGUUUGAGACCGUCGAGACUGCAUUUUCGCCGAACAUUUUAUCCGAUCAGGUGCAACUGAUCUAUCAUCCGAGGUGAGAGAGACCUCUAAACAUGUCGACAGAAAAACAAACCAUCGCCGAGGAGAACCUGCAAGGUUCUUGGGUGGAACUGCACUUCAAUAAUGGAGGUGGAACUGCUACCAAAUCAGGUGUGGAUGAGCAGGUCCCAAGCGCAGCUCCCAGUGGAGACAUGGAGAAGAUGCUCCUGGAUGCUCAACACGAGUCAGGCAGAAGCAGCUCCAGAGGAAGUCUGCCAUGUGACAGUCCUCCAAGAUCCCAGACUCCUUUGCUCUUGUGCAGAGGCUCAGAAGUCCCCAGCUCAGCAGAAAAGAACAGUUCACAGUCAGAUGAGGACUAUGUGGAGAGAAGAAGAGAGGUAGACAACCUGAUGAAGAAGAAUCCUGACUGGAUAUGGGAUUGGUCGAGCCGUCCAGAAAACGUCCCACCCAAAGAGUUCUUACUGAAGCAGUCCAAACGAUCUAGCACUCUGAGCAUCCGCAACACUAGCGUUAUGAAGAAAGGUGGGAUCUUCUCUGCUGAGUUCCUCAAAGUCUUCCUUCCGUCUCUUGUCGUCUCCCAUAUCCUCGCUGUGGGGCUUGGGGUAUACAUUGGAAGGCGUAUAACUACCUCCCAUGGUAUAUUGUGAUGGGAGAAGAGCUACCGAUCCAAUCUCAUAUCUGCACCUUCAUCCUCUCUGCUUUGUCCUGAAUCAGUGUUUCGGUAGAUACAAAUAGGCAUGGAUCACAUGACCCGUUUCUUUUUCCUGGCUGUGUGCCACACCACCUUUCUUCCCCCUUGUGUAUUCUUCUGGCUGUUUGUCGUGGUUCCUCCCCAAGCUGCUUUUAAGAUCCUCUCAUAAUUAUGAAGGAGGACAUUUUAUGACUGUAGACAGUGGCUAAAUAGUAUUAACUGUGCUCAAUUUUCAUCCUUUUUUGUUUUCUUGUGCAGAUAAACAGAAUUGGUUUUUAAAAAGAAAAGUCAGGAAUGCAACCAGAACAGAUCUGGAGAAUGGAGUCAGCAUGAGUCCUGAGGGAAAGGGGACUUGGACUAAGGUCUAAAACAUUUCAGGCAGGGUAGCAGUUCCCUCGCUGGGCCGUGUGGGUUCGUAAACAAACAUGAGACAGGGUUGUUUAUCAGGGCGAGUAAAAGCAGUGAGGUAGGACCCUCCUGACAUGCUCCUGUGUCGGUUCUCACAUGUCGAAGACAAUACAAGCUCCUAAGUUGAUAUUAAAAGGAACUGAUGGUGGAUGGUUUGAAGCUUGCAUUGGCAAUCAUCACAUACGAUAUAGCUGUACAUAGAGCUGCAGGUCUUUCAGCAAAAGAAGCAGCCUGAACUUCAACAGUUACCAAAUGUUUUUUUUUUUAAUGAUUAUAACACUAUUACACCUUUUGUUAUAUUUAUCUCAGGUAAGCAUUUCAUAACAGGAACAGUGCAGCAUUGUUCACUGGCUAAAAACAGGUAUUUCAGAUACAGCCUUGCACAAGAAAAUCCAGAGAAAAUGGAAUGUUAGGCAUGGUUUGACAUCUUAUUUUGAAUACAGACUACAGCGCUCAUGUGUUUAUUUUUACAGCUUUUCUUCUGUCGAGCUCCAAAUACAACCUCCAAUCACACCUAAGCACUUUGUGAGCAAAGGCUGCACUAGAGAACAGCAGCUUGGCUUUCUUUAUGUAGUUGAUUGUGCCAUUAUCGCUGCCUUGCUCGUCUACAAGUUUGCCUUCUGAAAUGCAAUGUAGAAUCUUCUCUGGAAUAUCAUCGGAAGCGUACACUUCAUUUAAAGAUUCUGAGUUGCUGUUCAAUUCCCUUCACUGCUGUACAAACUGGAAUAAGGCAAGGAGACAAAAGGAGACCCUACAGAAUUCUGUGCAUGUUUUGUCAUGUGUGGAAAUAAAUCGGCAUCUGUCACAAUUUCUCAUUGGUUUUGUAUUGAACGUACAAAUCAAUAAAUACAUGUUAGUCA